AUGUCAGUAUCGCAAUCGUCUAUACGCUCCAGUCGCUUCUUUGCCGACUGCCAAAGCGCAUCGGAAGGCUUCCUACACAAAAGUUGUCUAACACAGCAAAACAAAAGCAAGAAGAAGAAAAGGAUUAAAAUUACAGAAAAUAAAGAGACUCUAAGUGUCAUCCGAGGGCUAAUAUCAUGCUGUCUCGGAAAUCGACAAAGCACAGACCUCUCAAACAUCUCUUUCAUGGGUUAUGACUUGGGUGAUGUGUUCGAGGAUGCUAGCACGGUGGACACCGUUUCGGAACUAGAGUCUUUGCCUUCCUCGAGAAAAGCAACUGUAUAUCUACACAUGCAUGCUCAUGCUAUUCCACAGGCAACUUGGGCUAUUGAACCAUCGAGGAAAUUCAAAUCAGCUGAGAUAAAACUCCCAGAAGCUAGAUGGCUGCUCCUAUCAUGGGCAUCGAGAAUAAUAAGAGGAGAUUCUGUCAACAAAUCACUCCUCAAUUCACUUGUCUCCGAGUGCACAAGCAAGCAUAAAAAGGUCGAAUUCAUGUCAAACACUAUCAUCAAAACAUUUCCUGGUCUAGAACUUGCGGAGGAAAUACAAGAAAUGGGCGCAAUGGAUUUCUCGGUAGCCAUUGACACAAUGAUGAUCACAUUGAAUGACUAUGUUGGAAUCGACAAAAAUACAUUUUUGUUCAUUGUAAAGAAGGAGUGUUGCUACGGAGUAUAUCAUAUCCACAGAGGUAAUAGAAAUUAUACCCAAAAUGUGUUAAUAGGGGCGUGCAAGGAUCUUAUAAUUUUCGAAAUACAACUCUUUGAAAAAAACGGCAUCUACUACUUUUCUCGCAUGUUAUCAUUCAACGGGUUUGUUUAG